AUGGAGAAGAAUAAAAAACUUAAAAAAACGAAGGAUUCUAUUCUAAUAAGAAAAAAUGGAAAAUAUUCUGAAAAUGCAGGUGAAGUUGCUCGUUAAAGGUAAAUCGUAUCAGAUAUUUAAUUCAGAUCAAUCUACAUGUUAUUAUUAGAAUGUGGAAUAUUAAUUGCUUAUUUGAUAUUUUUAAUCUUGUAUGCUGUUUAAGGUAAAUUCAAGAUGCUUUAUUUAUCCCUUUAAAUUGUGAUAGUAACUAACUGAAUUAAAUAUAAGGUUUCACUUCAAAUCCUUUGUAAUUUCUUUUCAAUACAUUCUAUGAUAUUUUUCAAAGAAUACAUCAUUACCAAAAGUUCUAACUUGUACUUAAUAUUAGUCAAUCUUGUAGAAGCGUCUUAAUUUACUGCUUGAUGAUUGUUC